UUCCGGUAUGUUCACGGAAAAGCCCUGUCAAGUGUAACUACUUCCGCCUUUAGCCGCCUCUCAUCACACAGAGCAAUGACGGCAACCUUGCGCCCAUACCUCAAUGCGGUGCGUGCUACCCUGCAGGCCGCCCUCUGCCUGGAGAAUUUCUCCUCGCAAGUGGUGGAAAGACAUAACAAACCAGAGGUGGAAGUACGGAGCAGUAAAGAGCUGCUCCUCCAGCCUGUGAUCAUCAGCCGUAACGAAAAGGAGAAAGUCCUGAUUGAGGGCUCCAUCAACUCUGUCAGAGUCAGCAUCGCUGUCAAGCAGGCAGAUGAGAUUGAGAAGAUUCUGUGCCAUAAAUUCAUGCGCUUCAUGAUGAUGAGAGCGGAGAACUUCUUCAUCCUGAGGAGGAAACCAGUGGAGGGCUAUGACAUCAGUUUUCUCAUCACCAACUUCCACACGGAGCAGAUGUACAAACACAAACUGGUGGACUUUGUCAUUCAUUUCAUGGAGGAAAUCGACAAGGAGAUCAGUGAAAUGAAGCUGUCCGUCAAUGCCAGGGCUCGUAUCGUCGCCGAGGAGUUCCUCAAAAAUUUCUGAGAAAGAAAGAGAAAACCCAGGAAGACAUUCCUUUUGCAAUCUUGGCCGUCACUGUGGAGCUUUCACAUCACAGAGCAGAGAGGAGACAAACUCUUAUCAGCCAAGAGAAGUCGAGAAACAUAAGACGUGCAGGCCAGUGCGGUUUUGCCCUUUAACCUUAAAAUUCCCCUUUGCUCAGAAAUAUUGAUUUUUGUACAUAAUGAAUAUUCAUACCAGACAUUACUUUCUGCCUGUAGAACAUUAGACGUCAGGGCAGGUCCUUAAAAAAGGUAUAUAUGAUCAAUAUUUAUGAGCACAAGGUAAUAUUGAUUUUUAAAAUAAUUUAAAUGUUCUUUUUUUUUUUUUUUUUUUUU